CUCCGGGAGGAAGAUCUGGGGUCUGCUAAGUCCUCUAGGAUCUUGAACCAUCCCCCAUGCAGCCAAGUCCUUUCAAAGCUGCGAGCAAAGAGAAGCAGGUGUCCAAGCUCAGUGUGGAACCUGCCUUCUGCUGCAGCCAAGGGUCUUGGUCUCCCCACCUGUGUCUCCCUGGCUCCGAGGACAUGGACAAGUGCUGCAAGCAUGCUCUGCUCCGCUGUGUGACCUGCCUGUUUGUCCUUGCACAGCUGCUUACCCGGGCGUCCACAGAGCAGUUCCGGGUGUUGGGUCCCUCAGACACCAUCGUGGCUGCUCCAGGAGGGGAAGCCAUACUUCCCUGCUCCCUGUCUCCAGCCAUGAGUGUGGAGAAGAUGGAGCUCAGGUGGUUCCGCUCCAAAUUCUCAGAAGCAGUGUUUGUCUAUCGGGACCAACAAGAGCAGAAGCAAGAGCAGAUGGCUGAGUAUUCAGGACGCACCUCGCUGGUGAAGGACCAGUUCCACCAAGGCAAGGCUGCUGUGCGAAUCGGAAAUGUCCAGGUCUCAGACAGAGGGAUGUAUGUCUGCUUCUUCAGACAGGGUCUCUUCUAUGAAGAGGCCAUCUUGGAGCUGAAGGUGGCAGGGAUGGGCUCUGUCCCUGAAGUGCACAUCAAAGGUACAGAAGAUGGUGGUGUGUGUGUGGUGUGCAGUGCUUCAGGGUGGUACCCAAAGCCCCAGGUGCAGUGGAGAGACUCCAGUGGGGAGAAUCUCCCAGCAUCCUCUGAGACCCACACUGAAGAUGCUGCAGGUCUGUUCAGCAUGGAGAGCACAUUGGUGGUGAGAGACAGGUCCUUGUGGAGUGUGACCUGCUCCACCUUCAAUCCCAUCCUGGGUCAGGAGAAGGCCAUAGCCAUGUUCAUCCCAGAGCCCUUCUUCCCUCAGGCUUCUCCCUGGAUGCCAGCUUUUGCCGUGAGCAUGACCGUGAUGGGACUUCUAGUCCUAGGAUCUUGCUGUUUUCUCAUAUGGGAGCAGCAUGCAAUGCUGCAGGCGCAUCAGGUACUGGAGAAUCUGCGGCGCGAGCAGGAGAAGUGUCAGAAGACAACGGAGCAUGCGCUGCAGACAACAUGCAUACUCCAGGAGGAGCUGGAUCGGAGGAAGGCAGCUUAUAUGGCUGCCUGGAGGAAGGCCCAGCUGUAUGCAGAUUGGCACAGGGAGCACUUCCAGUCCUGGUAUGUCAUUCUGGAUCCAGACACUGCCCACCCCAUCCUCGCCAUCUCUCAGGACAGGAGGCAUGUGACCCGGAAGGAUACCACUCUGUGCCUGGAUGACCUCUUCUGUGUGUUAGGCAUGGAAGGCAUCUCCUCCGGAAGACGCUACUGGGAGGUGGAGAUAAGGAAUGGAGACAGCAGCAAGUGGACUCUGGGGGUCUGCAGGGAAGAUGUGGAGAGAAAAGGCUUUUAUUCAGAGUGUCCCCAAAAGGGGUUUUGGACUGUGGGGCGGUCUAGCAGUGGAUACUGGGCCUAUAUUGACAGUGGGAGGGCCUCAUUAUCCUUUAGGCAUGCUCCCCAGCAUGUGGGGGUAUUUGUGGACUACAGCGAAGGCGACAUUUCCUUCUAUAACAUGAGUGAGAUGUCCCACAUUUUCUCCUUCCGUGAAGCUUCCUUCGCUGGGACUCUUUUCCCAUACUUCAGGCUCAAGUCCGGAGAUGUUUCAAUGAUUCUUAGCUCCUUGGAGCAUGACUCUGAGGGGGGGAGGGGAGGAGAAGGGAAGAAGGAGGAAGGGGAGGAAGGGGAGGAGGGGGAAGAGGAAGAAGAGGGAGAAGAAAGGGAAGAGGUUAUUUUUGCCUUUUUUGAAGGAGUCUGGGAAUCCUCCAGGGGAGGGGCUCACCCCAGGCUCUGGAGUUGUUGACUCUCCCCCAGGGGAGGAAUCCCCAUUCCUCCCUCAUCCUGGUGACACUUUGCUCCCAUAGUGCAGU